GACAUUGACCUAGUCUUUUGUACCCUAUAAAACAGCCAUUAAUAUUAGCCUGUUUCUUGAACUCCAACACAAAUUAGAGGCUAUUAGCAAAUCUUAUUACAAUUAUAAACUAUACUUUAAUUCAAGGAAGGAGCCAUGCAAAAAGACCAUUUUCACACUUUAGACCCUUUUCUUGAAUCAAGAAAUGAACACAAUCAGGACAGCAAAUUAUCAAAACUUCAACCAUGGAAUGAACAAAGACAAGAAGAGAGUGAUGAUAUAGAGUUUCAAGCAUGUGAACAUAUCACAAAUGGCUAUACUCCUUGUUCUCCACCUUUAUGGACUCAAAGGGCAUUAAAAGAUAAUACCAAAAAUCAAUCUUCUACUUUGUUGCCAUGCUAUGACUAUUUUGGUCACCCUUUUCCGGGAUCAAGAUUACAGGCAAUUAGGGAUGGUAGGAAGCACCUCAUGAGGAUGAUUCAGGACUUGCCUGAGUCAUCUUUUGAACUGUCAUUGAAAGAUAUUGUUGACAAUCAACCAAGCACAGAAGAGGACCAACAGGCUGAAACAUUAAAAGGGAGAAAUCCAAAAGUUAGAAUGCCACAACAGAGCAAAACUUUGAAGAGAAGUCAAAUAUCAAGAAGUGAAAGCAUGGAUAGUGGUGUUUUCUUAUUAAAAAUGUUCCUCCCUUCUUCUAUAGGUAACAAGAAGAAACUAAAGCCAAAGAACUGCUCAAAAGUUUCUCCAAAAACACCAGUCGACGAAACGGAGAAAUCCAUGAAUAGGGACUGGUGGAGAAUUAUAUAUGUAGUUAUAAAAGAGAAUAAGUAUAGCAGAAGCAUCAAGAAAAGCAUGAGUUACAAUAGCAGCAGCAAAAGCAGGUUGGUUGAAAGCAACUGCAUACAGAGGAAACAAAGAGGGUGUUUCUUUUUAGUUUAGUAGUAGAAAAGAAUAAAUAGAAGAACAGAGCAAAUAGCAAACAGGAUUUGGAAAAAUAAAGGUGCAAAUAAGUGAGGUUUCGGCAUGUAAUACUGGAGCACAAGUUUAAUUUUUGUCACAGUUGUCUUGUAAAUUAUUUGCUGUCAUAGUUAUGGUGCACUUUUCAGUGCAGCAAUUGGAUUUCACAAGCAGGAACAUCUUUCUAUACAUAAGUUGAAAGUUCUGUACAAGUUGGA